AUGGCACAUCCCCAGCCUCUGCCAUUAGGAGAAAGCAACUCCUCGCCGGUGUAUCCUGAUGCGUGGGUUGAGCUGACCCCGGGUCCAUUGUCCUACGAAAGUUCGGCGCCGGUGACGAUCCCUACCACGGAGGACAUAUCAAGUUUUGAUCUGAAGUCAUACGGCAGUUAUGGCCCAGACGAAAUCCUUCUCCCACAUCUGGAUGGUGCAAACCGGCCCAUGUCAAACCUCUAUUCCAUUCCCAUGGCUUUACCACAGGACCCAUCCUACAAAACGCUCGAGGGUACCACCUUCAAGAGUCAAGAUGCUAGUGGACCCUACCAACAAUGCGCCGAAGCAUACCCAAACUUCGGCUUUUCGAGCUCCGGUGGCUACGAGUCUUCCUUAUCUCCCUCAUCGUCACGCCCUUGCACAGCAGGUUAUGAGGUAGAUGGGAUGGGUUUUUCAUCAUCUUUACCGGAGCCCCCGCUUUCUCUACCAUACGGUUACGGGUUUCUACCCACCGAUGGAUUUUCUUUCUACUCCCCCCUUGAACAUAUUGCACUCGACCCAAAUCUAUCACCAAAAUCGGCUGCCGGAAAUAAUCAUAACAGCUUUCCUCUACAAAGUAUGCCACCAUACCUUAUUCAACAUUCUGAUGUGCUACUCGGGCCACACGAAGAGAUGGCCCCCCUAGUCGAGCUACCAGUAGACCUCCAAUUUCCAACGGGUUCAGCUGCCGCACAUUACGCUAUCCCCAUUGAUAUACCAGAAAAAUACGCAUGGUCUUCUGCUUUAUCAAAUCCACCGCGACCCCGAACAGAUGGGCAUUUUGCACAUCACGAGGUGUUUACGACAAGGUGUGUCCAGCCCACAAGCUUGAUGGGUCAGCCUGCUAGGGGUGCAAAAUCAAAACACUCGGACAUUGAAACCAACUAUGGCGCCCAUGGAAAAGCCUCGUUUGUAUCUGGAAACUGGGAAAACCAAGAUGUCUUUUGCAAUGAGAACAGUGGAUAUUCUCCUCCACCACCACCUAAGAAAGCCGCAGUGGGGAAGAAACGUCCAAAACGCCGAAACUCCGCAAUUGAGCGUCUGACUAAUUCCGAUUCACCCGGCACCAAGACCAAUAACUCGGCUCUAUCGUGCUCUCGGGGAUCGGAUAACAUAGGGAGAUCUCAAAACCCUGCAAAACAAUCAUCAGCCGCCGCGGAGAACAAGACGCCCGACGGCAAAUAUGUUUGCAGUCGCAUCUGUAAAGACACGCAAGUAGUGUGCGGAAGGAAAUUCCAGCGAUCGGAGCAUCUCAAAAGACAUUGGGCCACUCAUGAAGAUAUCAGGCCUCACCAAUGUCAAAUCUGCGAAAGAUUUUUCGGGAGAACCGAGUAA